CUAGCAACACUGACAAGAAUAAUUCAUUCCCAACGUUCGUUUCAGGAAGCGUCCAUUUCGGUUGAUGAAUUUGUUUUAAAUAUUGACAUUAUAUUGCUCGUUUCGACAUCAACAGAAUAGAUAAGUUACGCACAAAUAGUGGCAGUCGCGGACCAAUAACUAAUUGCCAGAAAUGUCGAAAAGAAAACCAUCGUUUCUUGUCGGGGAUGUUCUACCAGAUGACCAGAAUCUAAAUACACGCAGCGGAGCAUGGAGAACGAUGAUGGAGAACAAUAAUGACCCGAUGCUAGACAAGAAGCGCUUCCUGACAGGUGUGGCCUUACAAGUGCUGAAUGUGUUUAAGAGUCCCCGACACUGUCAGACAGUGAUUGUGGAGCACCUGAAGCUUUGCUUCAGCUGCAUUCUCCGUGCACUGCAAAAGGUGGGCGGGUGGCUUACUCUGAAACAACGUAAGAGAAAACUAGAACCAUCCACCACCACCGAUGAUGAUCCGAGACAGCUGGGCGAGCCGGCUAGGAAAUACUCCAAAACCAAUGAAACUGAGUCGUUCGAUUUGGCCACAUUAGCGGAUAAACUUGACUACGAGAGUGACGAGAGUCCGGUUUCCGACGUAGAGUCAGGCGGCAAUGAAGACUCUGAUCAGGAGAAUCGGGAGGAAAUUAAUCGACAGCUGCAACAUGUUGUCAGCGAACGGAAACGCACUUGGGAGCGCACAGGAUUGCACGAGCUUAUGGCUUCCAUCGAAGACCCGAGCCAACGUUUUAACAUGUUAAGCCAUGAAAAGGUGGAGAACUGGCUCUUUAACCGAUCGGCAGGGACGGCACUGGAAAUGACGCAAGGAAAGGAGAUGCGAAUGAGCGAGAAAAAUGAGGACGGCGAUCGGGUGCGUUUUCAUCGUAAACAACAAGUGACGGUCUCCAGUAAAGACGAUGAGGAUUCGCUCUACUCGGUGGACACAGCAAAGUACAUUCUCUCAAACAAGAACCGAAAGAACAACAGUUACAGUAAAAUUAAAGUUACAACUAUGAUCAAGCAGUAUACGGUAUCUGCAAACAAUACGACUGGAACCUUUCAUCCGAAGCUGCACUCUAUUAGCAGUUUUCCGGCCAUCGAGGAGGAACGCUCGCCCUCGGCGAGUGUGAUACGGCAGAUAUCGAAAUCUGAUUCGGCUUUCGAAGCUGCCGAAGAAGAGAUUCGUAGCCGCUGCACAACUAAAAGGCCCCAACCUCUGCCCUCGAUAGCGGCUGUAUCGACCGCCGAACCGGACAAAGGUAGCAGACGGAAGAAAGUGUUUAAAAAAACAAUUAAAAAGCGAGCUAACCCAAGGAGAAGUCCAAUUGUGAAGGAUCCCGUAUCGAGCCUUAAGUUUGACCAGGCCCUCCAAAGCGCAAUGGUCGUCAAAAAAGUACCACUCGUCAAAGCGAAACAGAAACGAAUCCACUGGAAGGAAACCAGUUACUUGGAGAAGUCCGAGCAAAGUAGUAGCGACGAAGCGGAUGACGACGUGUUUGUGCAGGCAAAACCGAAGCCGAAACCGAAGACACCGCCGAAGCGAGAAAUUCGAAGGAAACCAGUACAACGAUUGAACGAGUCGUCCGAGAAAGAACAGUCGCCGUCUAAGAAAGUAAGUUCCGCGCAGAAGAAAAUCGUCGAAAAGGAACUGGUCGAACCAUUCGAAUCGAUCUGUUUGAGUCCCACGAAAGCUAGGAUUACCCGUGCACGAGCACAACUUGAUUUCACAAAUCAAAACGACCAAACCACGAACAUGACGGCCCUCUUCAGCGGAGCGAACGAUAAAAUUACGAAUUCUACCGAGAUAAACAACACGACUGCAUCGACAACGAUGACUAACAUGACGUCCAGCAGUCGAGGUCGAAGACGGAACAUAUUCCCGGACCAGUCCCGCUGUCUUGUUAUAUUUGAGCCCAAGAAAAUUCAGCAGGACACUUCCGGUAACGAGCGGAUCCGAAUCACGAUGGCGGAUCUGAAACUUGAUCGCGUGACAAAACCUCGCCAUCUGGAGAAGUUUAAGAAAUUUAGCUGUGUAAUACACCCGAAUUCGUCGGUACGAUUUUUUCCAUCGGACUCGGAAGAGGACGAUGUGGCGCCCGCUUUGAGCAUUCCAACGUCCAUUUCGGAUGAGGAUGAGAGCUUUGACGAAGAUGACCCGAUAUUGACGUAUAACCCACGAAACACUGACCGGCUGAAUGUGAUGGAAUGUCCGUACGAUCCCUGAGAGGAAUGAAUCAUGAGGCAGUGCCUAACACGCGACACAGUGGUACUAAUGCUAGCGUUGUGCAGAUUGUAAAUGUUUAUAUUUUAGAGAUUGCGUUAUUCUGUAAGAACCCAAAAAUAAAUUUGACCGUUCCG